GUCAAGAAGCAGAGGGCAGAGUUAGGCAUCCGAUUUUUCCCGGUCCUCCUGGAGGGGCUAGGCCUCUCAAGACUGCGUCCCCCUUUCUCAGAGGGUGCCCAGGCAGGCGGGGAUUCCCUGAAGCCGGUGCUCUGGUCUCCCCCCUCCUCAAGCCCUUCCCCUUCGUCUGGGAGGCGCCCUGGGAGCCUGCCGUCCGUCCGGCGCAGCCUCCUUUGGCACCGAGACCCCAGGUGCCCAGCGCGAAGGCGGAGCCGGGCUGCUGCCGCCUCCCCGGCGCCGCGGACGGGACCCCCGGGAGUUUGGGCCCCCGCGCUGCGGCUCCGGCGUCCCCAGCCUCUCAGGCCCGCCGCGCUCCCCCCUCUCUGCGCGCGGGGGGCUAACCUUGCGACGCGCGAACGGAGCGCAGCGCGCGGAGCCGAGGGGCGCGCGCUGGGCAGCGGCGCGGGCAGCGGGAUCUCAGCGCGGUCAGAGCCCGCGCUCCAGCUGCGGGCCCACGGACGCCCCGCACCAUGGCUGCCGAGGGACCCGGCCCCGGCGCCCGGCUCUGGGCGGCGGCGCUGCUCCUCCUUGGCCUGCCGCGCCUCUCCAUGCCGGCGAAUGGGAAGCUCUUCGUGCUGGAGUCUCAGAACGGCUCUCGGGGCCUGGCACUGGAGGCCGCGCGGCUUUCCUGCAGGAACAGGGGUGCUCACCUGGUGUCUGCAGAUGAGCUGCGGAAGGUGGUCCAGGACUGCGCCUUAGCGGUGUGCACCACGGGCUGGCUGGCGGACGGCACCCUGGGGACAACCGUCUGCAGCAAGGGGAGGGGUGAACAGCAAAACAUGCGAGCUGUCGAUGUGAGGGUUGAAAGCAGCCCGGUUCCUGGGGGUACAUACAACGCGCUGUGUAUGAAGGAUGAAGAGAAGCCGUGUGGAGACCCGCCCUCGUUCCCACACACCAUCCUGCAGGGCCGCACCGGCUUGGAGAUGGGCGACGAGUUGCUGUAUGUGUGUGCCCCGGGCCACGUGACUGGCCGCCGCGAAACGGCCUUCACCCUGUUGUGCAACAGCUGCGGGGAGUGGUACGGGCUGGUCCAGGCCUGCGGGAAAGAUGAGGCAGAGGUACAUAUUGACUAUGAAGAUAAUUUUCCUGAUGAUAGAUCUGUGUCAUUCAGAGAGCUCAUGGAGGACUCCCGCACAGAGGCAGAGGAGGACAGGAGUCAGGAAGAACCCUCUGAGGAGGCUCCAAAACAGGACCGUCUGGUCUCUAUGCCUAGGAAGACCUCUAUGGCAAGGGAAGACAGAGCCCAGGAUACAGCCUUUGUGCCAACCACAGGCCUGCUGGACGCUGGAAGCCCUGUCCCCACGGAGCUCCCGGGAUCCCAAGGCAGCGGGAAGGACAUGCUCUGGUCUCCUGCUGGGACCUUCCACAAGCCCGAGUGGGAAAAGGAGAUGGAUGAUGACGCCAAAAAGCACCUUCCUGCUGGAGACCACCACAGGGGCAGCACGUUGGCCCCAGGGGAGCCGGAAAGCAGGGUCACCUACCACAGCACCGAUGGCCCCUCGGGGCCCUCUGGGGGCAGGAAUGACAGCAGGGCCGGGGACGCAAUGGUGAGCAGCAGCGAUGCGUCCUGGUUAGACGGCUACCCUGUGACUGAUGGAGCCUGGAGGCAGACGGAGGCGGGAGAGGAGGGAGAUGAGGAAGAGGAGGACAAAGGGGAUGGAUCAGUAGGGCUGGAAGAAAGCAUCCUGGUGACGUCCAGCCAGCCUGCCCUUGCAGAAAGGAAGCAGUCCAGGAGCACCACCCUCGCUCCCAGUGAGGACGUGACUUCACUUCUUCCCUCUCAAACGAUAGAUGGAGAAGCUUUGGCCCUCGGACCCAUGAAUGUGUCUGACACUGAGGGUCCCGGCAAAGGGGCUGGUGACUUGACGGGAAACCAGUCAACCGUCCCCUGGAGAUAUGCCACAGAGAAGCCUCCCACAUCCACCCCGCCCUAUGAACUCACCAGCUCUACCCUGGAGACCGAGACAACCGCCGUCCAGAAGACACCCAACCUUACUCCCUCAACUGUCGUGGCGGCCACCCAGACCCCACCGGAGACCACUGCCCCUGCCGUCCAGGAUACCUUCCCGUACCUGCUGUCGGAGGACUUCCUGGGGCAGGAAGUCCCCAACCCGGGUGCAAGCGAGGAGCUUCUCCCGACCUUGGAGCCUUGCGCUGGGGGUAAGUGUCCCAGCCUCGGCAGAGGCCCCAUCAUUGCCACGAUCGUCACAGUUCUGUGCCUGCUGCUCUUCCUGGCCGGCGUGGGGGCCGUGUGGGGUUACCGAAGAUGCCAGCACAAGAGCUCCGUGUACAAGCUGAAUGUUGGCCAGCGCCAGGCUCGGCACUACCAUCAACAGAUUGAGAUGGAGAAGGUCUAGCCGCCUUGGAGCUGGGGGGGGCUCCCCCGAAGCCCCCUUGGGAGGAAAAUAAACGGUGACACAUCACAGUGAGAACCGCUGACAUUUCACUAGCGCAUCAAACAGGGGAGUGGGCUGCUCUUCCUUCUCUCAGGUCUUUGCUUUCUACGCUGAGAAGUGGGUCUGGAAGCACCUGGCCGGGCAGGGAGGCUUGGGCGGGGUCAUCACACGUCAGCAGUCCCUGGACCACCUGUCCUGGGCCCUGUCCCCCUAACCCCAGACCUGUGCUUUGGCCCUAAUUCCAGCCGGAGGUCAAAAUUCACCUCUUCAUCCUACUAUUGUCUUCUUCUUCUUCUUUUUUUUAAAGAAAGAAACGAGUCUGCAACCUGAAAUUUUCGAAAUAGGCGUGACAGAGUAUUUGAGAGCAGCGUUAUUUUGGAUCAGGUAUUUAAUUGUCGGGAGUGGAGGAGGGAAGAAAAACAAUGAGUUAUUUCCUUUUAAUGUUGCGAUGUUGCUGAGGGCAAAUGAGCCAAGAUCCAGGACAUAGUCUAGAAGCUCUGAGAUUUUUUUUCAAAAUUGUUUGUUGCAAUUGGAAAGAAUUUACAACUGACAUUUGUUGCAAGGAGGGGAGGAGGGCGGGACACACAUCCACCCUGUUUCCUCUGUCCUGUGAAUCCGUCUUUUUUUUUCAAACAAGGUUAGCUUUGUACCGGUAAGCACCGUUUCCUCUCAGAAGCAGUGGCCUGGUUGUCCUUGACCAGUCUGUGCCUAGGAAUGUCUUAGAGUUUUUGCCAGGACUAACAAAACUCAGUCCUUGGCUUCCUCUCUCAGGAUUAACCAUUUCUCUGAACGCCAGGAAGAAAGACUAACCUAGGAGGGAAAAAAUGUUUAAAGAGGGCCAAGGACUAGGAUAUCAAGCACGGGUACCUACUUGAUGGAGAAGCAGAGGAAUUACAAAGGAAUAUGAAGUGAUCCGUGCCGGCCUAGUCUUUACCCUGUUGUGAUGACUGUGAGCUGUCUGGAAACAGCCUAAGUGCAUCACGGGCUCCCCCGGCUGGUGAGCAUCCAGUUCACGGUGUCCCAGGCAUCUUAUGGUGACUCGGCCUGUCUCACUUGAGACGGCAGUCCUCAGACCAGCGGCAUAGAUAUCACCUGGGAACUUGCUGGAGAUGCAAGGCCUCUGAUUCCACCCUGGAUGAAUGGGAGGCCCUAGGGGUGGGGCCCAGCUGUGUGUGUGCAUGCUCAGUCAUGUCCGACUCUGCAACCACGUGGGCCACAGCCCACUAGGCUCCUCUGUCCAUGGGAUUCUCCUGGUGAGAAUCUUGGAGUGGGUUGCCAUUUCCUCCUCCUGGGGAUCUUCCCAACCCAGGGAUCUAAACCUGCAUCUCCUGGGGCUCCUGCGUUGGUAGCUGGAUUCUUGACUGUUGAGCCAUCUGGGAAGCCCAUUUAUUGAUUUGGUGUCAUCUAAAUUAAUGUAAAAACGCACGUAGAAAGGGAAUGAUUAAAACAGUGUAAACUUCAAUUGUAUAUCAUUAUGCAUGUUUUGAGGUUGCUAAAUGUUCAAUGUUCACGAAAAUUGGGGGGUGGGGGAUGGGCGAGGAUCCAUUAACACGAAGCUUCUGAGAUAUUUAAAAUAAAUAAUUAUUUCCCCAAA